AAGUUCCACAGCACUAUGCAUUACGAUGGGCAUGUCCGCUUCGACCUGCCGCUCCAAGGCUCUGUCCUGGCCCGGAAUGUGUCCACCCGGUCAUGCCCCCCACGCACCAGCCCUGUGGUGGACCUGGAGGAGGACGAGGAAGGUGCCAUGGAUGGCAAAGGGGAGCGGAAGAGCACAGGCCUAAGACUCUCCAAGAAGAAAGCGAGGAGGAGACAUACAGAUGACCCAAGCAAGGAGUGCUUCACCCUGAAAUUCGACCUGAACGUGGACAUCGAGACAGAGAUCGUACCAGCCAUGAAGAAGAAGUCGCUGGGGGAAGUGCUGCUGCCUGUGUUUGAAAGGAAGGGCAUCGCAUUGUGCAAAGUGGACAUCUACCUGGACCAGUCCAACACGCCCCUCUCCCUCACCUUCGAGGCCUACAGGUUUGGAGGACAUUACCUGCGGGUCAAAGGACCUCUUCUUGUCCCCAAACGCCAUCCAGCCAAGCCUGGGGAUGAAGGCAAGGUGGAGCAGGGAGUGAAGGACUCCAAGUCGCUGAGUCUGCCAAUCUUGUGGCCGGCUGGGGCCGGGGCCCCCACCCUGGAGCGCGAGGACCCCCAGAGCCGCCGGGAGAGCCUUGACAUCUUGGCCCCUGGCCGCCGCCGCAAGAACAUGUCAGAGUUCCUGGGGGAGGUGAGCAUCCCUGGGCAGGAGCCCCCCACCUCCUCCAGCUGCUCUCUGCCCAGCGGCAGCAGUGGUGGGCCCAGCAGUGCAGGUGGUGACAGCUGGAAGAACCGGGCAGCCAGCCGCUUCAGUGGCUUCUUCAGCUCGGGCCCCAGCACCAGCGCCUUCGGCCGGGAGAUAGACAAGAUGGAGCAGCUGGAGGGCAAGCUACAUGCCUAUAGCCUCUUUGGGCUGCCCCGGCUGCCCCGGAGAUUGCGCUUCGACCAUGACUCCUGGGAGGAGGAGGAGGAUGAGGACGAGGAUGAAGAUGAUGCCUGCCUGCGGCUGGAGGACAGCUGGCGCGAACUCAUUGAUGGGCAUGAGAAGCUGACGCGCCGGCAGUGCCACCAGCAGGAGGCGGUGUGGGAGCUCCUGCACACCGAGGCCUCCUACAUCAAGAAGCUACGGGUGAUCACCAACCUGUUCCUAUGCUGCCUCCUGAACCUGCAAGAGUCGGGGCUGCUGUGUGAGGUGGAGGCGGAGCGCCUGUUCAGCAACAUCCCAGAGAUCGUCCGGCUGCACCGAGGGUUGUGGGGCAGCGUGAUGGCGCCGGUGCUGGAGAAGGCGCGGCGCACACGGGCGCUUCUGCAGCCCGGGGACUUCUUCAAAGGCUUCAAGAUGUUCGGCUCACUCUUCAAGCCCUACAUCCGAUACUGCAUGGAGGAGGAGGGCUGCAUGGAGUACAUGCGCGGCCUGCUGCGCGACAACGACCUCUUCCGGGCCUAUGUUACGUGGGCGGAGAAGCACCAGCAGUGCCAGCGGCUGAAGCUGAGUGACAUGCUGGCUAAGCCCCACCAGCGGCUCACCAAGUACCCGCUGCUACUCAAGUCAGUGCUGAGGAAGACUGAUGAGCCACGAGCCAAGGAGGCCGUCGUCACCAUGAUCGGCUCGGUGGAGCGCUUCAUCCACCACGUGAAUGCGUGCAUGCGGCAGAGACAGGAGCGGCAGCGGCUGGCAGCGGUUGUGAGCCGCAUUGACGCCUACGAGGUGGUGGAAGGCAGCAACGACGAGGUCGACAAGCUCUUGAAGGAAUUUCUGCAUCUGGACUUGACAGCACCCAUCCCCGGUGCCUCCCCAGAAGAGACCCGACAGCUGCUGUUGGAAGGGAGCCUGAGAAUGAAGGAGGGGAAGGACAGCAAGGUGGACGUGUACUGCUUCCUCUUUACGGACCUGCUCUUGGUGACCAAGGCGGUGAAGAAGGCUGAGAGGACCAAGGUCAUCAGGCCACCAUUGCUAGUGGACAAGAUUGUGUGUCGGGAGCUGCGAGACCUUGGGUCUUUCCUCCUCAUCUACCUGAACGAGUUCCACAGCGCCGUGGGGGCCUACACUUUCCAGGCCAGCGGCCAGGCCUUAUGCCGCAGCUGGGUGGACGCCAUUUACAAUGCCCAGAACCAGCUGCAGCAGCUGCGUGCACAGGAGCACCCAGGCAGCCAGCAGCCCCUGCAGAGCCUGGAGGAAGAGGAGGAUGAGGAAGAGGAGGAGGAGGAAGAUGGGGAGAGCAGCACUUCAGCUGCAAGCUCCCCCACAAUUCUGCGCAAAAGCAGCAAUAGCCUCAACUCUCAGCACUGUGCCUCGGACGGCUCCACAGAGACCCUGGCCAUGGUAGUGGUAGAGCCUGGGGAGACACUGUCCUCACCGGAGUUUGAGGGCGGGCCCUUCAGCUCCCAGUCGGAUGAGACCUCCCUCAGCACCACGGCCUCCUCUAUCACUCCCACCAGCGAGCUGCUGCCCCUGGGCCCAGUGGAUGGCCGCUCCUGCUCAAUGGACUCUGCCUAUGGCACCCUCUCACCCACCUCCCUGCAGGACUUUGCGGCCCCAGCCCCUGUGAUGGAGCCAGUGCCCCCGCCCCCAGAGUUGCCUCAAGCCCCCUCACCCCCACCCUCACCCCGUCUCCGCCGCCGCACCCCUGUCCAGCUGCUGCCCUGUCUGCCCCACUUGCUCAAGUCCAAAUCGGAGGCCAGCCUCCUCCAGCUGCUCUCGGGGACUGCCACCCACAGAGCACCCCUAGCGCCCAGCCGCAGCCUGUCGGAGCUCUGCCUGGCCACUGCAGCCUCUGGAGCUAGGACUCAGGGCUCCCCUCAGGAAGCUGGUCCUCGCUGUGAUUGCUGGGGGACACCCAGCCCUGGAAGUGGCCCUGAGCUGUCAGAGCCCGAGGAUGGAGCCAGUGGCCUGGCUGGGGAGCCCAGAGGCCCCACCAGGAGGUGGCGCAGGGAGCUGCCCUCAGGGGCCUCGCCCAGGGUCCAGCCUGAGCCCCCUCCAGGCAUCUCUGCUCAGCAUAGGAAGCUGACCCUGGCCCAGCUCUACCGAAUCAGGACCACCCUCCUGCUCAACUCCACGCUCACUGCCUCGUGA